AUGGAGUGCCGGCGUAUCAAUACAACAGUCAUUUCGUUUGAUUAUUCAAAUUCUGACACGUUGAAGAGAAAUCAGUUCCUGACUGUGAUAAACUGCAAAUUACCUGGAAACCAAGAAGAUCUAAGCAAUAUAUUCAGAGCCACCAAUAAUAACCACUUCUACUACGGGGCUGUCACAGAUAGAAAUACUGUUAUUUGGUUUAAUGUGUUCAGUUCUGCCUCCUUCCUAAAGGAGUACACGCUCUCUGUCACAGACAAAGCCACAAAUAUUGCGCAAAUCGUAAAUAACCCAAAUGACAAGAUCAUACGCCCAAUAGAAACAGAAGAGACAGAAGGAUCGUACCCUCUGACAAGCAAAUCCAAAAUAAUCUUCACAAAAAAGUACAUCAUCAUUGACACAUCAAGUAAGAUAAUAAUCUACGAUGCAAAUGGCACAUACCAUUCAGAUAUUGACAUGGGACUGGAUAGUACAUCCUCAAUGUAUGCCUCCCUCUGCAGCAAAUACCUCUUCCUGCACCUGGAGAAGGGAAUGAUUUGCUUAUAUGACAUUAAUGAAAAGGUCUUUGUUUAUAGAAAGAGGCACCCAAUAGGCACAUCUUCUGUAUUUGGGAAUGUAUUUUCGUACCUCAGAUAUUUCACUAUUUCCAAGAACACACUUACCCUUGGAAGAGUCAGAGAUGGCAGCAUUCUUCUGGAGCUAACAUACCCAGAGGAGCUCACUACAGCAGCCACUGACAUUCUGCACAAGAAGAUUGCAGUCGGGUCUGUCUCUGGGUGUGUUUAUUUUACGCGCCUGGAUGGCAUCCCGUGCGAGUUUUCUUCAGUGAAAGUGUCAGAUGCUAAGAUACAACAGUGCUUCUUCUCAAACUCAGGAAGACAUAUUUUUGCCUUGGUGGAGGGCCAGAUUAAGGUGAUUGACACGAAGGACGGGAAGGUUGUGAAGGCUAUUCUGAACGAAUCCAGCCAGCAUAUGUUUACAUAUACAAGCAGUAGUAAUUUGCAUUUCCAAUAA